AUGGAUGACCGUCGUGUGGCUGACUACUUUGUGGUAGCAGGCCUAGAUAAAGACCAACAGCUACCUCUCGAAGAAUUUUCUAAUGAAGCCAUCACAAAGCCAAGCUUCCGCCAGGAUCCUAUUACAGAUAUUACUGUUAUUAACAGAACUUUAGGAGAGAAGAUACCAAAAGGGUAUGAGUGUAUUGAGUUAACACCGACAGGAUUUCCUGCCAAUCUCAAUCAUGGAAGUAUACGUUGCCCUGACAUGUUUAUAUGCUACAAAAGGGGAAGAGACAAACCACCCCUCAAAGACCUUGGAAUACUCUAUGAAGGAAAAGAGCGUGUCAUGGAAGGGUGUGAAGUUGUUCAUACCACCAUGCAAGGUCAUCCAGCCAACGUGAACAACAGCAGCAGCAGCCGCACUUAUAUUACAUUUAGGAGAGCAGAAAAAUCGGCACCAAGUGACACUCUGGUUGUGGUAGAUAUAUGCGUCAUUUUGGGCAACAGGGGGGAAGAACCGCCACUGACAUUUCUGAAAAUUUUGAAAAAUUUAAACAAAGGCAUGCUUGGAUCAGAUGUUUACCUUUGCUACAAGAAAGCCAUGGUUAAAACUGAUGUCUUAGCAUAUAAAGCUUCUAUCCUUGGGCGCUACCCUGCUGAGGAUUAUGAGGAUUUCCCUCUUCCUGAGUCUGUGCCCAUGUUUUGUCUUCCAAUGGGAGCCACUAUUGAAUGUUGGUCAGCAGAAGCUCAGCACCCUCUUCCUAACUUUUCAACAUUUAUUCUUACAGGAGCUGGCGGAGAGAAGGUUUACGGUGCAGCUGUUAGUUUCUAUGAAGAAUACAAAGAAGAGGACUUAACAGACAUGCAGUUGCGAUCCUUGGGCCUUAAAAACAAGCACAUCAGGGAGCAGUAUCGCAUAUUAAAAACUGUGCACAUACGGAAAUCCAUUUCUUUGCUGUCUCACUGGCCUUUCUUCGAUGCCUUCAAGAAGUUCUUGUCACAUUUGUACAAAGUUUCCAUCACUGGCCCUCACACAGUUCCUAUAGAACGGCACAUUUCCCAUUUUAUGUACCAUCUCAAUCAUGAUUCUUUGUCACUUUGUAUGCCAGAGGAUUCACCAUUACCACAGAGUGGUGCAUCAUUCAUCACAAUGUUGAGAAACCUGGGACCUGAAUUGACUAUGAAUCUCCUGCUAUUUGUGUUGUUAGAGAGCAAGAUCCUACUGCAUUCUCUGCGACCCACAGUGCUGACAGAAGUAGCAGAAGCUGUUUCAACGAUGAUAUUUCCAUUACACUGGCAGUGUCCAUAUAUACCCUUGUGUCCACUGGGUCUCUCAGAUGUCUUGAAUGCUCCCUGUCCUUUUAUUGUCGGUGUUGAUUCUCGUUACUUUGACUUGUAUGACCCACCACCUGAUAUUAUAUGUGUGGAUCUCGACACAGACAGAAUUCAGAUGCCGGAAGACAAAAAGUCCUUGAGCUUCAAGUUUUUGCCAAAGAAACCCACACGGGUCAUGCAGGAAUGUUUGUCAAAACUGUAUGAGAAAGCAAGUCAACCUAAUGUGCUGAAGAAUGACAGUGAUGAAGUUUCCUUAGAAAUGACACAUUUCGAUCAAGAUUUUCGACGGAAAAAGAAAAGUAUGCAGCUGGAGCUUGCAAUCCAAGAAGUUUUCCUGAGAUUUUUUGCAAGCAUACUCAAGGAUUACAAGAGUUACCUGAAUCCCAUAAUGAAGGCACCAAACAUCCGGGCUACAGAUGCAACUUCUUUGUUUGACAUGCAAGGAUUUCUGAAGAGCCGGGAUAAGACCACCACAAAAUUCUACCAUCAGCUGAUGCACACACAGAUGUUUUCCAGAUUUAUAGAAGAGAGAUCAUUUGUUUCAGACCGAGAUGCUGGCUUGACAUUUUUUGAUGAGUGUGCUGAAAAGGUUGAUGAAAUGAGAGAUGAACCACGAUUAAUUGAAAUUGAUGACAGCCAGACAAGUGAGAGGACAGUGUUCAUUAUGCCCCCUGAGCCCGGUUGCUACAACGGCUUCCCCCUGCUAAAAUCAGAGUUGUUUCUGUCAAAGAAAAAGUCUGUGCUUUCUUUGCCCACUAAACAACCAUGUCCCAACAGCCCCUUGGCUAGGCGAACAAAGCAGGAGGUCAGAUCUGCACAAAAGAUUGCACUGCAACAAGUUGGAAAUCCAGAGACAUGGGCAAAGUGUAUACUGAGUUACUGCUACAGCCUGUGGUUUGUGGUGUAUCCUGCCUUUGUACAGGCUAACCACAAGAAAACAGAAUGCCUGAAGACUGGCUUAGCUGUCCUAAGGAAAAUGGAGCAAGCCAGGCUGAUUACAGUUGAUGAAGUGUGUUAUCGUGUGGUCAUGCAGCUGGCUGGUCAGUUCAACAAACCAGGUAUGGCAGUUCAAGUGUUCUCUCAGAUGAAGAAACAUGGAGUGCACCCUAAUGCUAUUACAUAUGGCUAUUAUAAUAAGGUAAUGCUGGAAGCCAAGUGGCCAUCUCCCCAGUCUAAAGGUCAUUUAACCUGGUUGAAAAUCCGCAAUGUGAUCCUUGGAAUUGCCCAGUUCAGACAUCUGCUGAGGCGCCGGAGUGUCUCUGUGUACUCCAACUCCGGCAGUGAGUUUGACCAAAUCAGUCGCACAAGUGCAGACAGUUACCUCGCUGAAGGCCAGCCGAAUUCCAAGGUUGAAGUCAACAGAUCAGAUUCUGCAGCACUGAAGGACAGUAGUGCAACUACAGGAGAAGGAUUGAAUGAGAAGAGUGGCAGCUUUGAGGAGAGGAUGAGCUCAGGUCGCCGCAGACAUCGCAGCGCCAGUGAAAGCCACAACAAGCCAUCUCGCUCCAUGAGUUUAUUUGCUAGCUGGAAGCCACCAAGGAAUAACUCUGCUGCAAACCAUACAGAAAGCAGUCGCCUGCAUUCUGGUGUUGCAAAAGGUCAGGUUUCAACCCCAUCUUCAAAGGAAAUGGCCAGUGGGCAUGUGUGUGACCCUGAUGCUCAGAAGGAUAUCAAAACAGUUAAUUCUCCUAGCAUCAACAGUCUUGCUUCUUUACCCCAGUCAGAUUCUUUUGUAAGCAGGUUAUUAAAGACUGUGGAUGAGUUAAACACUUCCAGUCCACUGCCCUCUGUUGACAUGCCAAGCACUUGUGAGGAAUUAGCUGCCAGUUCAUCUUCAGCUUGCUUAUCUGACUGUAAUCAUGACAUGGUGUUACAGAGUUCACCUGAGCCAGCAGUCACUACAGCUGCAUCCUAUUCUUGUAAUACGGAUGCAGUGGCUAUGGAGGUGGAGAUCAGUUCUUGUUCACGAUGCACCAAAUGUAGCCGUCUGAUCUAUGAUGAGGAGAUCAUGGCUGGUUGGACAGCAGAGGAUUCUAAUCUCAACACAAGCUGUUCCAUAACAGAAAAACUGCUUGCUACAAGUGGCCAUAUAGAGAUAGAUACUGAUACAGUUUCCAAAGAUGUCGAAGAAACUGAACAGGUAGAGAGUCAGUCAGUGAAAGAUAGCAAGCUUACUGCUGUUGAAGAAGACACACACAGACCUCACAAAGACAACUGUGUAACCACCACAACUGAAGCUUUGAUGUCGAGCACAACUGGGGAAAGCACUGAAACUAAUAUCCAGCAUACACCGCACGUGGUGGAAGGAGAACAUCUCUGGUAUUUUCUGUUCUUUAGAUUACCAUCAACAUCAGAAUCAAUUGUGGUACCAUACUUGAGCCCCCUUGUUCUACGAAAGGAAGUGGAGUAUGUCCUUGAUCAUGAGGGUGAUGACUGCCUGGCAACUGACACCUUUGUGGAAGAACAUCCCAUUAUAUUUUGGAAUUUGGUUUGGUUCUUUCAUCGUAUUGAUGUACCCACUCACUUGACCACAUUUUUGCUGUCAUCCAAAGCUUUGAGCUGCAAUACGCCAGAGGUAUUGAAACUUCUGUGGGAUAAUGUGAGAAUACAUGAUGAAGUUGGUAUACCUAUGUACACAGCAUGGCGUGCAGGAACAGUUGUGACUAAUUUCACCCUUUUUUUUCCUUCAAUUUUUAAAAAAUUUAUGUUAUUUGUGUGUGUGUGUUCCAGCUUGAUGUGGCAGAUUAUCGCAUCCAUCAAACGGAAUGAUGUGCUAAGCGGCAUCAAGCAGAUAGCCAGUGCUCGUCGCAGAAUGACAUCACGAAAGCGUCGAUUCAGAAGCAUGUACAGGGAGAUUCUGUUCCUUUCCUUUGCAGCAUGUGGUAGAGAAAACAUUGAUCAUGAUGCCUUUGACAGAGAAUACACUAUUGCAUUCACUGAGAAACUACAGAAAGCUGAGAAGCAGCGUCUUCAGUUGGAUGAUCAUCCAAAGGCAGACAACGUUCAAUGGUGCCGCAGGCUGUUUAGUGAACUGGAAGUUUGA